GGCUACAAAAGCUAUAAACAUCUGUCAACGCUGUUCCAAACUCACUUUUGCUUCAAGCACUGGUUGGUUCUGUCAUUGCACUGCAGCAAAGACUUUCUUUUGUGCCUUUGUUCUCAGCAUUUUUCUUGUUAAAUUUGCUUCAUAAAGGAUUUUUCUACAAAAUUUCUCAAAGCGAAAUGAGUGAUUCCGAAACGGAGUACUUCGAUCAGAUGUCAAAUAUUUCUGAAUAUGACUGCGAUCUAAGUGAUUUUAGAGAUGAAGACUGUGACUGUGAUGAUGAGUAUGAGGAUGAUGUGCCUUCCCCAACUAUCACCCAACCGGCUGCCCCUUCUGACAGUGAUGACGAAAUGGAAGAUGAGGACUACAGCGAGAUUCUCUCACCGGAAGAACCUUGCCCUUUACCUUUUUCAUUCCAAGAGUUAUCUGGCCCAAAACAUAUGCCUCCUCCCGAUUCUCCUCCUAUCGCAUAUUUCUAUCUUUUUUUCACUAGUAAUUUUCUCCCUCUUAUGGUGAAAGAAACCAACCGAUAUGCCUGGCAGGUGAAAAAUGGCAUGGGUAAUAACGCACCGUCAUAUUUGAAGGACUGGACCAAAGUCUCUGUUCCAGAGAUGAAAGGAUUUCUGGCGUGUAUUUUAAAUAUGGGUCUCAUAAAAAACCCAAAUAUAGCUUCAUACUGGUCGACUUCUUACCUCAGUCACAGUUCGUGGUUUGGGGAAAUGUUUUCUAAACAACGGUUUUCUCGUUUACUAAGAUUUUUCCAUCUUGUCGAUAACACCAAGUUGCCUGGCCGUAAAGAAUCGGGUUAUGAUCCCGGAGCAAAAUUCCAGCCUCUUUUGGAUCAUGCGAAUAGGGUGUUUCGACACCAUGCAAACAGGGUUUUCGACACCAUUCGACUCCCCAUCAGGAAAUAUCUGUUGCCGAAAGCUUAA